AUCUUUUUCUAAUCAAAAAAGCCUAAAGCGAUGGCCACUGCGAUUCUCUCUUCUCGAAACUCUUUAAAGAAUCGUUUCGAUCACGAAACCCUAACCCACCGUCACGCUAACGCGGCUCCUCGACGACGCAAGCGAACCCCUACGGCGUCUCAGUCGAGAAAGUUGGUUGUAUCUCCGGCGGCGAAUACCAAUCUUGUUAUGGGACAAGUCAAGAUCCUCAAACGCGGCGAGACACUGAGCGCGUUCCGGAGCAAGGAGAAUAGUAGUAGUAGCUGCGUCGAUCGAGAUGGUGAUGAUAAAAACCGAUCUGCUUUGAGGACGACUGAUGUUGAUCUCGUUGUAGCAUCCACUAAUAGAAUCGGACCCGACCCGGAGACUGUGCAGAAGCAGAUCGGAGCUUUUAAAGGAUUGGAGAUCGUCGCCGGAAAAUACGCCGGUACUGGUUGUUCAGUUUCUCCGCCUCCAUGCUCUCUUCCUAUUCCAUGUUUUUUGGGGAAGAACAAGCUCCUUGUUUAGAUUUAUCGGGAAACCCUAAAAUAGCUUGCAAACGCCGUCUCUUUCGAAGCCUAUGUUGAAGAAUCCUGAAGACAAGAGGAAACAAUUGUUUGUUUCACAUAAAGAAGAAAGAUGGAGAGUGUUGUGAUCGCCAUCGCCAAUUGCAACCAAUCUUUGGCUGCUCAAAGUUCCAAACUCUGUAUUUGGGGAGGAGAGGGAAACAGUCACCGUGACUCUAUAUCUAUGGCUUUUUUGUUGUGUGUUUUUGGAUUCUUCAUGUGCUAAAUUUUCCGUUUGUAGUUGUCACAUGAUGAUCACAAUCUUUGUUUUUUUAAUGCUAUAUAAUAAUCUUAGUAUAACACAAAAGUUUUCAUUGUUUUGGAUUCUCGAAAAAUCAAUAAUAAUGAUGACAACAAGUUAUAAUCU